AUGGAGCACCCGGCGACGGAGGACCCAGCGACGGAGCACCCAGUGACGGAGCACCCAGCGAUGGAGCACCCAGUGACGGAGGACCCAGCGACGGAGCACCCAGUGACGGAGGACCCAGCGACGGAGCACCCAGUGACGGAGGACCCAGCGACGGAGCACCCAGUGACGGAGGACCCAGCGACGGAGGACCCAGUGACGGAGCACCCAGUGACGGAGGACCCAGCGAUGGAGGACGCAGCGACGGACCACCCAGCGACGGAGCACCCAGCGAUGGAGGACUCAGUGACGGAGCACCCAGUGACGGAGCACCCAGUGAUGGAGGACCCGGUGACGGAGGACCCGGUGAUGGAGGACUCGGUGACGGAGGACCCGGUGAUGGAGCACCCGGCGAUGGAGCACCCGGUGACGGAGGACCCGGCGACGGAGGACUCAGUGACGGAGCACCCAGUGACGGAGCAUCCAGUGAUGGAGGACCCAGUGACGGAGGACCCAGUGACGGAGGACUCAGUGACGGAGCACCCAGUGACGGAGGACCCAGUGACGGAGCACCCAGCGACGGAGGAUCCAGCGAUAGAGGACCCAGCGACAGAGCACCCAGCGACGGAGCACUCAGUGACGGAGCACCCAGCGACGGAGGACCCAGCGACGGAGCACCCAGUGACGGAGGACUCACUGACGGAGCACCCAGUGACGGAGGACCCAGUGACGGAGGACCCGGCGAUGGAGCACCCAGUGACGGAGCACCCAGUGACGGAGGACCCAGUGAUGGAGGACCCGGCGAUGGAGGACCCGGCGACGGAGCGCCCGGCGAUGGAGGACCCGGCGACGGAGGACCCGGUGACGGAGGAUCCAGCGACAGAGGACCCAGCGACGGAGGAUCCAGCAACGGAGGACCCAGUGACGGAGGAUCCAGCGACAGAGGACCCAGCGACGGAGCACCCAGCGACGGAGCACCCAGCGACGGAGGACCCAGCGACGGAGGAUCCAGCAACGGAGGACCCAGCGACGGAGCACCCAGCGACGGAGGACCCAGUGACGGAGGACCCGGCGAUGGAGGACCCGGCGACGGAGCGCCCGGCGACGGAGGACCCAGUGAUGGAGGACCCGGCGAUGGAGGACCCGGCGACGGAGCGCCCGGCGAUGGAGGACCCGGCGACGGAGGACCCGGUGACGGAGGAUCCGGCGACAGAGGACCCAGCGACGGAGGAUCCAGCAACGGAGGACCCAGCGACGGAGGAUCCAGCGACAGAGGACCCAGCGACGGAGCACCCAGCGACGGAGCACCCAGCGACGGAGGACCCAGCGAUGGAGCACCCAGCGACGGAGGAUCCAGCAACGGAGGACCCAGCGACGGAGCACCCAGCGACGGAGGACUCAGCGACGGAGCACCCAGCGACGGAGGAUCCAGCGACAGAGGACCCAGUGACGGAGCACCCAGCGACGGAGGACCCAGCGACGGAGGACUCAGUGACGGAGCACCCAGCGACGGAGGACCCAGUGACGGAGCACCCAGCGAUGGAGCACCCAGCGAUGGAGGACCCAGCGACGGAGGAUCCAGCGACGGAGGAUCCAGCGACUGAGCACCCAGCGAUGGAGCACCUAGCGACGGAGGACCCAGCGACGUAG